UCUCUCCCGCCAUCUUACCAUCAUAAUAAUUACAGUCUGCUGAAGUUGAACUUCUCACACUCUUUCCACUAUUCCCUUCUUCCACAGGAUCUGGAUCCUCUCACUUAUCCUAACCGACUAAUAAGUAUUCUCAACUACCUAAUUUUCGACAUGACGCGCCAACUCGACUUCCCUUCUCUUUCACUGGAGCUUCCAAACUCUCGUAUGAGUGUAGAUUUCACAAAGUUCACAGCCUCGAAAUCUCCUGUCAAUAGUCGCCAUCCACAGUCCGACAAAUCUGCACUACGUCUACCUCACAACUAUUCUAUUUCACGCCGGCCUCUUCCCAAUUCAAGCUCGUUAAACGAAGUCCCGGAAGAACCUUCGAGUACUAUCACCACUUCAAAAGUUCAUCCAAGGCGACGAUGGGCAAUAUUUCCGUCGACUCCAGAACAUCCACACCCUCAGAAUUCUACACUGUCAAGAGCGAGUUCAAACGCGUCUACUAGUUCCUCGGCGUCCGGAUACUCCACCACUGCUUCAUCUGUAUUUUCUCGCACCCAGUCUACAUCGACCACAUUUUCAGCAGAUACAUCCCAAUAUUCGCUUGAACAUACCAGAAGACGAAACGAUACCAAGAAGCAGCCGACAACCUUGACCUCGCUGCCUUCACAUCUUCUUGAGCACAUUUUAUCAUACGCUCUAUGUCUUCCCCUGAAUGUGUCGAUUGGACCGCGCAAUGCCGACGAUAAACAUAUGCAAUAUCGAUAUCAUCAUGCAGGUGUUGACUACAUCGACGUUCGGCUUAUCCGUAAACAUCCGAUAUUUCUGGUCUCACACCGGAUUCGGGAUGCCGCUCUGUAUGCUUUGCACGACAGAUGCACUUUCAUCAUCGACCUUCAUUCGAUCUAUCACUCAAGAGUAUGUUCUACAGUCCAUGACAACUUGAAAAAACACAAACACUUCUGGUUAGACGAGCGGCCACCUCAAAUGGUAAGGGAUACGCUUCGGAGUCUCUCCAGAAUCAACAUCCGUCUUCCAGUGGCGAGUUGUGAUGAUAUUGAUCAUCUUGGUAGAGGGGAGAAAGAAAACAUCGGUGGUAGCUCGGGUGAUAAGGGCGGACCUAGAAGCCUAAAGAAGGAGAAAGAAGACGCAGUCAGAAUCGAGAGAUACUUGGAGGCAAUACUGUCCCUCAUAUGGGCCGACAACGAUGCCAUGGAAGAAUCUCGCGGUCGAUCGUCCAGUUUAGGGAGAGGCAGUGGGUCCUUACGGAAACGGAGUACCUCGCGUUUCCGAGGCAAGAGUCGCAACCGCUCCUCUCGCGAUAACGAAUCCUCCCGACCAGUUUCCCGGGGUCGAUCCAAUCCUGUCUUCGAAGAAGAUGAUCACAAGCGACAGCCAUUGAAAAGAUUAGAGGUAGUGUUUGUCAAGCGCAGUCCAUCAGUGAUGGUCCUCCCCGAAACACUACAAUACGUUAAGCACCUCCGGACACUGAAGGUUUCGGGUCUGACAAAGUACUUUCUGGAACUUGAGGAACAAAAGGUUAUUUUCGCCACCAAGUAUGGAAAGAGGUGGCGGGGCAUUGAACCUGACGGAACUCGAUUACUCAAUGAUCUCCAAAGCCUUUCUAUCACACCCAACCCGGAUGCAUCUUAUUUGUCUUCCAUAGAGGGUCCAUCCACCAGAAUCCCUGCGAUGCCAAUACUUCACACUCUCGACACCCAGGUUCCUGCCGCCUCGGAACGCCCAAUCACGUCGCCUAGCCACGCUUCAUCCCCAUUGAGCAAGAGUCUUCUGCGCAACCCAUUGAACUGGGGAAAGAAAAAACACAAGCGGAAAGACAGUUUCUCGCUGCUUGAUGAAAGCAUGGGCGAAAGGGGGGCGAUGAUGGAGCCUCCGAGCAUAGACGAGUUGAAAAAAAUCGCCGAAGAUGUUAGGAACGGUCUUUACUGA